CACAUUGGGGGCGCUUUAUUUCUUACGUUAGGAGAGAGAUCCUGGCAGGAAAUCUAUGCCCAGGAUCAGAUGCGGGGGUUGGGGAUCAUCGGCACCGAGUGGCGUAGGGGAAAGCUGGCAGCAGUCGAAGUUCGAGUCCGUAUUCCUAGAAGCCUCGGGCGCCCGGCCACCUGUCUGGAGUCUGCCCCCGUCCCGGGCAUCUCCUCCGGGGAGUUUCCUCCGCAGAGGCUUGUCCCUGGGAGUGUGGGCGGCCCCUUUCUCGAGCGCUUGAACUCUUACCUCCCACCCCCCUCCUCCUCACCAGCCUUUCUCUUCUGCCUCGGCCACUUCCUUCCUCAGUCUCUUCCUCCCCGGUGUGUUGAAGAAGAUAACCGGGUCCGGCCCGACGCUGCACCAGCUUUUCCUCGGAAAAGAAAAAGAGGCGGAUAGGUGAGUGUAGGCAGCAAUGAACGUGGAUCACGAAAUUAACCUCUUAGUGGAGGAAAUUCAUCGUCUGGGUUCAAAAAAUGCUGAUGGGAAGUUAAGCGUAAAAUUUGGGGUCCUCUUCCGAGACGACAAAUGUGCCAACCUCUUUGAAGCAUUGGUGGGAACUCUCAAAGCUGCAAAACGAAGAAAGAUUGUUACGUACCCAGGAGAGCUACUUUUGCAAGGUGUUCAUGAUGAUGUGGACAUUAUAUUGCUGCAGGAUUAAUGUGGUUUGCAUAUCUUUGUUUAUUGUUAUUUUUUGUUUCUGGUCAACUGGAAUGUUAAGUCAAGGGACAAACACAAGCAUACUUAAUGUAUUUUUAUAGAACUUUGUAAACAAAAGGAGACUCUUAUUUUAAAAGUCUGUCUUUUUUUUAAUACCUUGAAAGAAAAUUUAUGUAUUACACUGUCAAAUAAACAAAACCUAUUUUUUUCCCUCAGGAAUCUGAUUGGAAAAAUGUAGGCAUUGAGGCUUUUUUGGUAGGGGUGCAAGGGUGUUUCAUAAAUCAUUCUUAGACAAUUUCUACAGAUAUUUGACAUUCCAUAAAAGCAAGAGGCAAAACUGAAGACCAGCUCCCACAAGGAAUAUUGUAAUGUUUAUGUAAUAAAAACAUGUAACUAUGUUAAAA